AUGCAGGAGGGAGGAUUAGGGGUAAGAAGUAUAGCAGAAGUGAGUUUGGUUUUCUCGCUCAAGCUGAUAUGGUGUCUGUUUAGUGAGCCACACUCCCUUUGGGUAAGAUGGGUGAAACAGUACAUCUUCCUUAGAGAAUCUUUUUGGGAUGUUAGAGACACGGGUCUGGGUUCAUGGAUUUGGCGGAAACUUUUGAAGUUGUGUACAUUAGCGAAACAGUUCGUGAGGAUGGAGGUUCAUAAUGGACAGAAUGUCAGGUUCUGGACAGACAUAUGGCACCCUCAAGGCAGACUAAUUGAGCUCUCUGGUGAGAUUGGGACACUAAAGCUUGGUGUGACUAGAACAGCUCUGAUUUGUGAUGUAAGGAAUGAAACAGGUUGGGUCUUUCGUAGAUGCCGCGAUGGACAGAUGCGUGAGCUCAUAAAUUUGGUUGAAACUCAUCGGAUGGAAGAGAAUACUCACUUACAGGAUGUUGUUUUAUGGCGAAAGAAUGAGACUGAAUUUUGCAAGCAUUUCUCUACUGCUAAGACAUGGCAUAGGAUCAGAACCCAUGGACCUAGUAAAGAGUGGAGUAAAGUGAUUUGGUUCAUGUUUGGAGUGCCGCGGUUCACCUUUAUAACCUGGCUGGCGAUAAGGAAUAUGUUGUCCACUGGAGAACGUAUGCGAUCAUGGGGUUAG